AUGGCUGCAUCGGUGGUGUUACAGCUGAUGAUUUUCCUCAUAGUGGGCAAUAGUCCUUUUGCUAAAUGUAGAAUCCAGGAUCCCUAUCAUAUCUUUCACAAAUAUUUUCAACCAGGAGACAUAAUAUUUGGAGCUAUUUGUUCUCAGAGUCUCAUCCUCUCCAGUCCAAAAGACUUCAUACAUAAACCUCCACAGACGCUAUCUGAAGAGCCUGUUAUAGUGACAAAGAAUUACCAGCACAUCCUGGCCUUGGUGUUUGCGGUAAAGGAGCUAAAUAAAAAUCUCAAGCUCCUACCAAAUUUGACACUCGGAUUCAACAUUUAUGACAUCUAUUCCAGUGCUGAAUUGACCUAUCAUGCCACAAUGAAACUGCUUUCCACAAGGAAUAUAUUUAUCCCCAACUACAAAUGUGACAUCCAGGAAAAUCUGAUUUCCAUCAUUGGGGCACUGCAUUCAGAAACAUCUCACCAGAUAGCAAAUGUUUUGAGUAUCUUCAAGAUUCCUCAGAAGGGCAUCUGUUUAGCCUUUGUAGAAACAUGCCCUUCAAGUUUUAGUUUUGAUGAAGAUGAUGAGAAUGGAGAAGUAAUGAAAAAAGGGAUUGAAACCUACAACAGAGUCAUGAGCAGCACAGUCAAUGCAUUGGUGUUCUAUGGAGAAGCAGAUUCCAUAAUCUUUUUGAGAUGGGUACUAUUUCUACCAGAGGUGGAUGACACAAUACGAAAGCCAAAAGGUAGGAUCUGGAUUCUAACAGCUCAGAUGGAGUUAAAAUCAUUUGUCCACCAACGGCAUUGGGAUAUCCAAGUCCUCCAUGGUGCUCUAUCUUUCGCAAUCCACUCCAAAGAGGUUCAAGGGUUCAAGGAAUUUCUUCAGGGCAGAAACCCUUCCAGUACAACAGAAGAUGGUUUUAUCAGAGAUUUCUGGGAACAGGCAUUUGGCUGUGUAUUCCCAAGCUCUGCUUUGGAUGAUGUGGUGGGUGAUAUUUGUACUGGAGAUGAGAGUCUGGAGAACCUUCCUGGGCCUUUUUUUGAAAUGAGCAUGACUGGUCACAGUUACAGUAUCUAUAACGCUGUCUAUGCAGUGGCCCAUGCUUUACAUGCCCUGCUUUCAUCCAGAUCCAAAUAUAGAAUAAUGGCAGAAGAAGAAAGAAGGGAACUUCAGAAUAUUGUACCAUGGCAGAUCCACCACUUUCUGAAACAAGUCUCAUUUAACAACACUGCUGGGGAUGUGGUUUCUUUUGAUCAAAAUAGAGUAUUAAUAGGUGGAUUUGACAUUGUAAACUGGGUCACAUUCCCAAACCAAUCUUUUGUUCGAGUAAAAGUUGGAAAGAUGGAUCCUGAAACCCCAAUUCCAGAGCAAGAAUUCACUGUUAAUGAAGAUGCCAUUGUGUGGCACAGCUGGUUUAACCAGGUACAGCCCCUUUCUCUAUGCAACGAUCACUGCAAUUCAGGUUAUAGCAAGAAAAAGAAGGAAGGACAGCUGUCUUGCUGUUACGACUGCAUUCUGUGUCCAGAAAAUAAGAUAUCAAAUGAGAAAGAUAUGCCUGACUGCUUUCAAUGCCAAGAAGAUCAUUAUCCAAACGAGGAUAAAAAUGCAUGCAUUCCCAAGCGUAUACAUUUCUUGUCAUAUGAGGAACCUUUGGGGAUCAUCUUAGCCACUGGUGCUCUCACAUGUUCAUUGAUCACAGCUCUAGUGCUAGGGAUUUUCAGGAAGCACCAUGACACCCCCAUUGUGAAAGCCAACAACAGAGGCCUCACCUACACUCUCCUCAUCUCCCUUCUGCUCUGCUUCCUUUGUGCUUUGAUAUUCAUUGGCCAGCCUCAGAGGGUGACGUGUCUCCUCCGACAAACUGCUUUUGGCAUCAUCUUCUCAGUGGCUGUUUCUUGUCUGCUGUCCAAAACGGUGACUGUGGUUCUGGCUUUCAUGGCUACCAAACCAGGAUCCAGGAUUAGGAAGUGGGUGGGGAAAAGAUUGUCCACCUCCAUUGUUCUUUCUUGCUCACUUAUCCAAACAGGGCUUUGUGUUGUAUGGUGGGAAACCUCUCCCCCAUUUCCACAUACUGACACUCAUUCCAUGAAUUAUGAAAUUUUAUUAGAAUGUAAUGAGGGCUCCACUAUCAUGUUUUACUGUGUCUUGGGCUACAUUGGUUUCCUGGCACUUAUCUGCUUCACUCUGGCUUUCUUUGCCAGAAAGUUACCUGACAGUUUCAAUGAGGCCAAGUUUAUCACUUUCAGCAUGUUGGUCUUUUGCAGUGUGUGGCUGUCCUUUGUUCCAACCUAUCUGAGCACCAAAGGAAAAUACAUUGUUGCCGUUGAGAUCUUCUCUAUUUUAGCUUCCAGCUCUGGGUUGCUGGGCUGUAUCUUUCUCCCCAAGUGUUACAUUAUUGUGAUGAAGCCUCAGCUGAACAAUAGGGAACAACUAAUAAGAAAAAAACCUUGA